AUGGCCAACCAAAGAGCCUCUUCUUCUUCUGCUCCUUUCACCAAGUCAUGGAAAUACCAUGUCUUUCUGAGCUUCAGAGGUUUUGACACUCGCUUAAAUUUCACAAGCCCUUUGUAUAGAGCUUUGCGUCGAGAAGGAAUUAACACCUUCAUGGCUGAUCAUCAGCUCGGAAGAGGAGAAGAAAUAUCAAACGCGCUUCUCACAGUAAUUGAAGACUCAAAGAUUUCUGUGGUUGUGUUCUCCGAAAACUAUGCCUCCUCAAAGUGGUGCCUGGAUGAGCUUGUUAAGAUUCUUGAUUGCAAAGAAUCAAAUCAACAAUUGGUCAUCCUAGUUUUUUACAAGGUGAAUCCAUCAGAUGUACGGAAUCAUAGAGGAAGCUUCGGGGAUGCACUGGCUAACAUGGACUGCAAUAAUGUGGAGAAGGUCAACAGAUGGAAGGAAGCACUUUCACAAGCUGGAAAAUUGGCGGGGUUCACUCUGUCCGAUGAGUAUAGAUCUGAAGAUGAACUGAUUCAUAAAAUCGUUCAAGACAUUUCACAACAAGUAAUCGACCGUACAUAUUUAUAUGUGACAGAGUAUCCAGUUAGAAUGCGUCAUCCUGUAGAAUAUAUACUUAAGCUUUUAGAUUUGGGGGAAAAAGACGUUCGCAUGGCAGGGUUAUGGGGAACUGGUGGAAUUGGCAAGACCACAAUUGCUAAAGCUGUUUAUAAUUCAAUUGCCCAUGAAUUUGAAGGUUGUUGUUUUUUGGAAAGCGUUAGAGAAUGUUCAAUGUCGCAUGGAGGUUUAGCCAAACUGCAAAAGACUCUUCUUUUUGAGAUUCUAAAGGGGGAAAAAUUGAAGGUGACCAAUGUUUAUAAAGGAGUCACUAUGAUAAAGGAAUGGUUGCGGGGUAGAAGGGUUCUCUUGGUUCUUGAUGACGUGGAUGACAUGGAACAGUUACACAAGUUAGUUGGGGCAUGUGAUUGGUUUGGUGUAGGCAGUAGAAUUAUCAUAACAACAAGGGAUAAGCAACUGUUAACUGCUCAUGAUGUUAAUUUAAUACAUGAGGUCAAGAUUUUAGAUGAUCCUGAAGCUCUUAAGCUCUUCUGCUGGCAUGCCUUCAAAAGAAGUGAGCCUCCUUUGGAUGAUUAUGUGAAACUUGCACGACGUGCAAUACGCUAUGCUCAAGGCCUUCCUUUGGCUUUGAAAGUUCUCGGUUCUUGUCUAUAUGGUGGAAAUAUAGAUAAAUGGGAAGCUGCAUUGGAUGGUUUCAAAAGCACGAAAAUUCAAGACGUUCUCAAAAUAAGUUACAAUGCAUUGGAUCACAGCGUACAGGAGGUUUUCCUUGACAUUGCAUGUUUCUUUAAAGGUAAUAGAAGAAGUUAUGUGAUAGAAACACUUGCAGCUUGUGGCCUCAAUGCUAGGUAUAGCAUUGAAGGACUCAUAGAAAGGGCCCUCAUAAGUGUUGAACAUGAAGAGUACAUUCAGAUGCAUGACUUGUUAGAAGAGAUGGGUAAGGACAUAGUUAAGCAAGAGUCACCCACUGAAGCCGGAGGACGUAGCAGAUUGUGGUUUUAUGAAGAUGUCAAGCAUGUCCUGACUAAUAAUACAUUGGAGAGUUUCCCAAAAAUUGUGGACAAAAUGGAAUCCUUAUGUUCUUUGGACCUUGGGAGAACUGCCAUAAAAAAGUUGCCUGCAUCAGUUGGACAUCUCAUUGGGCUUAAAAAAUUGGACUUAUUUGGAAGUACUAUAAAAGAGUUGCCUUCAUCAAUUGGAAAUCUCACUGCCCUGGAAGCUUUACUGUUAGAUGGAAGUGCUAUAGAAGAGUUGCCUUCAUCAAUUGGAAAUCUCACUGCGCUUCAGCGAUUAAAUUUAGAAGGAUGUGAAAACCUUGCAAAUCUACCACAAUGUUGCAAGAGGCUUGUAGAAAUUCUAGUACAACUUUCAGCGUCUAUAAAAUGGGUUCAUGUGAGGGAUUGCAUAUCGCUGGAAAGAUUUUCAACAUUGUCAAAGAUAUUGGAAGACGGAGACAUGCAAGGCAUUAGUUACAUGGACUUGUCUAAUUGCCAUAGGCUAUGCGAUAAUCUAGCGUUGGACGUUUCGAAGAUAGCAAAAUUAUUUAAUGAGAUGAAGUUCCGUGGCAAUGCAAGGAUUGUCUUUAGACUACCUGGCAGUAGCAGUGAAGUUCUAGAGUGGUUCACUUUUCGUAAUUACCUUGAUGACUCUGAUGAGAGUAAAUUUAAUUACAUUGAUCAUGAUGGCAGGAGUACUCAUACUCGAGAUGAAUGGCGUGUGUCUGGGGGAGAGACACAGGCAGGUAAUGUGUGGCUGGAAUGUAUGUCAUUAUUUCCGCGUUGGUACUGUCUUCCAUUUAAGCUGUCUACGUCGGAUAUGUUUCGAGGUACUACUAUGUGGUGGGACUGUAUUCCAUUAUUUCUUGAUGAUCAAUUCAUGCCGCCUAUUUUUCGAGUUACUGUUAGCGGCAAAGGGUUGCGCGUCAAAAGCAUUGGGGCCCACUUGGUUCAUAACAAUAUGUCAAGGGAUUAUGAUGAUUAUUAUCCUGGCAAACAGAUAGAUGAAAAUGGAUUAGAUGAUAUUUCCCUCUGUUUGGCCGACCGCGACCUCGAAAUGCGUAUGGACAACGACCACGGAAUGAGCGAUUUGUUCCCAGAUGGUUACUCCGAUUGGUGA